GCAGCAUUGGCUUCUGACAACUUGUCAGACUGUUAAAAAAAAGCAGAAGUUUGUUGCUGUAUUCGUAAAGUUUAUUAUUACUUUAUAAAUAGUUGUAAUCGUACAGAACUUUAUAAAAAUGGCUCGUUAUUUCAAAGAACAGGACAUUGAUGAGUUUCGUGAAUGUUUCUACCUUUUUGCUCGAUCUGGUCAAAUUACAUCCUUGGAUGAGCUGACUGUGGUGAUGAGGUCGCUUGGCAUGAGCCCUACCAUACAGGAGUUGGCAGGAUAUUUAAAAGGCAAAGGUGGUAAGAUGUCAUUUGCCGACUUCUUGGAGGUGAUGCAUAUUCAUUCCAGAGCUGAAAACCUGCCUAAUGAGGUCGUCAAUGCUUUCAAGGCUGGUGAUGUGGAGAAGAAUGGUGUUAUACCAGCAAGACAGCUGCGGAACCUUCUGCAGAACUGGGGAGAAGGCCUAUCCGCCAGAGAGGUUGAUAACAUCUUUCGGGAAGCUAAUGUGACGAACUCCGGUACUGUUCGCUAUGAAGACUUCGUUAAAAUCGCCUGCGCGCCCGUCCCAGACUACUAUUAAACUUAUUUAUUCAACA